UUUUUCAAAGUAACUGCAACAGUCAAUAGUCAAUUGUUAAGAUGUCAUUCGAUAUACCUUUGGCAGAUCAAAUGCGGAUUGCCGUUAAUUACGUCAAGUUCAAAACAAAACAGACACGCUUACGUUCUGAUGAAAAAGUUAUUGCCCAAACCACAUUUGGCAAAGUGAAAGGCGUCAAAUGGCGCUCCAUCUAUGGUGGCAGUGAAUACAUCAGCUUCGAGGGUAUUCCAUUUGCCAAGCCGCCCGUGGGAGAGUUACGUUUCAAGGCACCUGUCGAACCGGAACCCUGGUCGGGUGUUAAACGUUGCACUCACGUGCGUUCCAAACCGUGCCAAUACAACAUCAUCAUUAAGCAAUGUCAAGGUCAAGAAGAUUGUUUGUAUUUGAAUGUGUACACAAAACAGUUAAAUCCAACAAAACCGAUGCCAGUAAUGGUUUGGAUAUAUGGCGGUGGCUUUCAAAUGGGUGAAGCAUCCAGAGAUCUCUACAGUCCGGACUAUCUAAUGAUGGAGAAUGUUGUACUGGUCACGAUUGCUUAUCGUUUGGGACCAUUGGGUUUCCUUUGUUUAAAUGAUGAAAACUGCGAUGUACCUGGCAAUGCUGGUCUUAAAGAUCAAAUCCUGGCCCUUAAAUGGGUUAAGAAUAAUUGCCAAUUUUUUGGUGGCGAUCCUAAUAAUAUCACCAUUUUCGGCGAAAGUGCUGGUGGUGCAUCAGCUCAUUAUCUAAUGUUGACUGAACAGACCAAAGGACUAUUUCACAAGGCUGUGGUAAUGUCAGGCAGUGCCAUGUCACCAUGGGCAAACAUACCCCAUUUGGAUUGGGCAUACCGCCUGGCCAAAGCUACCGGUUACAAGGGUGAAAAUAAUGACAAAGCUGUACUGGCCCAUUUGCAACAUGUAAAGCCAAGGACAAUGCUGAAGGUCUGCGAUCGAUUACUGACCAUGGAGGAGCGUUUACACAGACGUUUGAAUUUCGGUUUUGGUCCCUGUGUGGAGCCAUACAAAACCGAACACACAGUUAUACCCAUGGAGCCAUUGGAAAUGUUAAGGAAUAAUUGGGGCAAUAGCAUUCCCUUGCUGAUUGGCGGUAAUUCAUUUGAGGGAUUGUUAAUGUUUCCCGAAGCCAGAAAGUAUCCGGAAUUACUAAACAAUUUAGGCGAUGGUGAGUGUCUGCCACCGCUCGAUGCCAAUUUAAGUCCGGAGAAACGUUUGGAAUAUGGUCGCAUGCUAAAGCAGUUGUAUUUUGGUGAUAAGGAACCAUCGUGGGAUACCAUUUUGCAGUACAGUGAUCUCUUCUCCUAUAAAUAUUUCUGGCACGGCAUACAUCGUACCCUGCUGGCACGUCGACAAUAUGCCACGGCUCCCACCUAUCUGUAUCGUUUCGAUUUCGACUCGAAACAUUUCAAUUUCAUGCGCAUCAUCACGUGUGGCCGUAAAGUACGUGGCACCUGCCAUGCUGAUGAUUUAUCGUAUCUCUUCUACAAUGCGGGCGCCAAAAAACUCAAAUGUCGCACCGCCGAAUACACCACCAUACGACGAAUGGUGGCAAUAUUGGCGAAAUUUGCCGAAUGCGGUGACCCCAAUAUACCGCUGACGGAAACGGCCAUCAACUGGACCACACUAAACGAUGACGUGGCCAGUGACAGUGGUAGUGCCAGUCCCACAAACGGUGUAUCCAGCGAGAGUGACAGCAGCCAGCGACAUGAGCCACAUCCCAGUGAUGUCGUCAACACAAAGACCAUUGACGAGAAUGAGGGUACACGGUGUGUCAAUAAUGAGGACAGUACAAAUGUUCUUGAGAUCCAAAGGUCUGAACAGCAUCAGCAGCAGCAACACACGGGCCUGGCACACACACAUCUAACCCACUGGCCAACCAUAACAGAGUCGUGUAACGCCAAUGAUGGUGACAACAACAUAACAUUCAAAUGUUUGAAUAUUUCCGAUGAGCUGGAAGUGAUUGAUUUGCCUGAAGGUGAAAAAUUGAAAAUCUGGGAUAGCAUGUAUGAGGAUAAGUCUCUAUUGUAUUAGACCACAUAUAGAGAGAG